AUGGACACAGGGGUAAAACAAACAGGCUUUGAUGGAGUCAGUUUUGCAAAUCAUAAUAUGCAUAGCGAAGAAUACUGGGAAGGAAUUGUGGACAUCGAGCGUGGUGAUUGGAUCAUAGAUUUCAACCAAUUUGAAACUGAUACUCCAUCACGUCAUACAGGUAUAACAUGUCAAGAGGAACUGUGUAAGAGAGUCAAAGGUAUAUCAUACAUAUUUAGCUGCUGCAAACAAUUGCGAUUGUCGAGGUCAGUUGGCUUGACAGCUUCCACACUUUUCCACAGAUUCUAUCUCUUUGAAAGCCUUAGCAAACUGCACUACUAUGAAGUGGGUGCAACUGCAGUUUUUGUUGCAUGUAAGGCGGAGGAAUCAAGAAGAAAUUUGAAAGAUGUUGUUAAAGUUUGCUCCAAGAUAGCACUUGGGAAGUCAGAUAUAGACGAAGAGUCGAAGGUGUAUUGGAAAUGGAAAGAUUUGUUAGUCCGCAUUGAAGAAUUGCUAUUACACCAUUUAGCGUUUGAUGUGACCCCACUGAAUCCAUAUAAAAUUACUAUGGAUGCCUUAAAAAUUGGGCAAGAACCAAUGGAGAAAGAUGCACCCAACAUGGAGUGGGAUGCCAAAGCAAGGACUUUGUUUGGUCAUUGUACGUUCUUGUUUGAGAUUAUGUUUAAACUACCUUUAUGUUUAUUUUACCCGGUUGAGGUAUUGUGUGCUUUGACUACAGUGCUAUCUGCACACAAGCUCAAAAUAUCAUUUCCUGUCGAUUAUUUGCAAAGUUCGUUUCACAUAGAUAUGAAUGUAAUCUUAAAGUGUCAUGACGACCUUAUUUUUACGGCUAGUGAGAUUGAGACAAUGGAUAAGUAUUUCAGGGUUUUACCCCAUAUACCCAGAAUAAGCCAUAUCGAUAUCAAGUCUGUGUUUAGUGGGCAAGUCGAGAGUACCUUAAGAGACUCAUUAAGAGACGAUGACAGUUGA